AUUAAAGUUGUUGUGCCCUUCGCUCGCCCACACUCAAUCAACUCGCCACCCCAACGCCCCAUCUCCAACAAGAACUCAACUUUCAAGUGUCAACAGGUGUCGCUGGAUCUAGUUGCACCCAGCCAUCUCGCAGACCCAAGAAAGGGGAGAUCUAAGCAGCAAGGCUAUUGUCAGAGUAGCUUCGUCCUUCUUUCCUCUUACCUUCUCUGGCCGUCUUCUUGUUGUUGACCCGGCAAGCUUCUGUCCCGCUCUCCUCAAGCCCCUCACUUCCAUCCAUCGGCCCCCACCCUCCUCCCGUCGCUUCUCGCCGGAGUAUCUAUCCCAGCUUCGUGGGUAGGAGUAGGUCAGAUCCUUCGCUGGUUUAUAACACCAAGUGACUGGCCCAACUCGAUACCGUCAUGAACCAGAUGAACAUGCAGGGGAUGCACCCCGCCGGAGGCCCAGUGGGUGGCAUCCCCAUGAUGAACACAGGCUCUUCCGCUCCCCGUAGCGACCCUAAUGCCAAUCCGAACGUCUCCCCGGACCACACCAUGGUCGUACAGCUUAACACCUACAUCUACGAUUACUUCCUCAAGCGUGGCUAUAUCGACUGCGCCAGAGCUCUCGUCAAAGAUAGCAACGUCCCGAUGAACACAGCCGCACCGUCAAAAUCCGGCCACCGCGACGGUGAAGUUAAUGGCGUCGAUCCAAAUGCGAUGGUCACAGAUUCAAAUGAUGAUGCAAAACCAAAAAUUCCCGACGAUCUUCCACGGCCUAAUCUGAACGGAGAUAUGCAGCAAACGUCUUUCCUUUUUGACUGGUUUAACCUCUUCUGGGAUGUCUUUUGGGCGCAGAGAAAGAAAGGAAAGAGCACUGAUGCGAUGCAGUAUCUUCAGCACACACAAAACAUUCUUCGUCUCCGUGACCACCAGCAAAACCAGCUUUAUCGCCACUCUCAAAUGAUGCCCAGUCAGUUUAAUAUGAGAAUGGGGAAUGGCAUGAUGCGAACGAAUAUGCAAAAGUCAUUAAUGCAGGCAAACGCUCCUAAUAUGACUCCACAACAACUUGCGCAGCUGCAGCAAAAUAAAGCUCAACUGAUGCACCAUCAGAUGCAGCGCGAGCAUUCGGACAUUGAAAUGAAUGGGCAUCGCCCUCAGUCACCCUCCUCUGUCGAGAAUGCGCCCUCCCCGUCGAAACGACCUCGCCUUGAUGGAACACAGGUUAAUGGACAACAGAUGACACCGAAUGGUCGCGCGCAGUCACAAGGAAUGCCGGGUCAGCCAAAUCAACAGACCAAUAAUCUGUUGAUGCAGCACGGGAUCAACCCAAGAAAUCUGACUCCGGCUCAAAUCCAUUCACUGCAAGCACAAAAUCCAUCGGUACAAGCAAAGUCUCUCCAGGUAUAUAAUCAGAAUCUGGCAAUGCAUCACUCGCGCUCAGCUAUGAAUAACCAGGGUAUGCCAAACGGCUUAAUGAAUCCCGGUGUGAUGCCAAACCAAGGCGAAGUCAUGCCCCUACACGACGGUCAAGGAAUGCUGCCGAUGCAGGAUUACUACGCACCGAACGGCCAGAUGGCGCAGAUGCGACCCGGAAUGCAAACGCCCGGCGGACAGGCUGGUGGUGGGAACCACGCGCUUCAAGAUUAUCAAAUGCAGCUGAUGCUCUUGGAACAGCAAAAUAAGCGUCGACUUAUGAUGGCUCGACAGGAGCAAGAUAACAUGGCCCGGGCUGAUGGCCAGCCUGGAAUGGUUCAGCCGAACCUGGCUCCGGGAACUUCUCCCCAGGGCAGUAGAACCGGUGCAUCUCCAAAUCCAAAUGAGCAGAUGAAGAGAGGCACGCCAAAGCUACCUCAAACUGGUCUCCCCGGUUCGCCAAAUGUUGGGGAUAAUAUGGGCCAAAGUCGUGGCUCGCCUGCAUCAAUGAAUUUCGCUGGCGGGCAAAUGCCCCCUGAGAUGGGUGGAGCUGCGUUUUUCAGUAUGAAACCCGAAGGGGUAGUUGGCCCCAACGGGAUGCGGCCGCCAAGCUCGAAUCCCGCAUUCAGUGGUCCUCAAAUGACACAGCCGAUGGAUGCGAUGGCGCGUCCGCAACCGCCUGGGACAGCAAACAGAAUGCCUGCCGGCAACUGGCAACAGACCCCGCAAGGCCAACCUAUGAUCCCGCAACCGCAACAGCCCGGUCAAGGUCCACCUGGUGGAACUCCUCAAGAGCGAAACGCAAUGCCGCCACCUCAAGCUCCUGCUGCGGGCGCAGGUGGUCGAGCUCAACCACCUUCUCCUCAACCCGGCACUAUUGCACCGCCGACUCCACAACAAGCGAACAAACCAGCUCCAAAGACGAAGAAAGACACCAAAGACAAUGCGAGAAAGGUAAUGAAGGUUAAUAUCCGUCCCACAAAAGCCAAGGGCCCUGCAAAUACAGGAAACACGGCUGCAACACCGUCAUCCGAAGCGGAACCACCACCAACUCCUACGCCAUCGACCCCAAUCACCCCUGUGCAUCCGAAUUCAUUCAACAAACCUGGCCCCAAUGCUAAUGCGCCGCAACCAACAUCAGCACCAGCACCGCAAGCUAUCGGGCAACAACCACCGCCUCAGCCGGCGCAACAAGCACCACAGGCCCAACCUCCACAACCUCAGCAGCAACAAUCCCAACCGCAGCAGCAACCUCAACAGGAUCCCAACCUACCUUUCGGUGAUAUGAAUCUCCCAGAUACCAAUAACUAUAAUCUCGACUUCACCACCCUUGAUAAUCCUGAUAUCCUUGAAAAUUUUGACUUUGACACAUUCCUCAACACCGACGAUCCAACCACAUUUGCUUUCGAGCCCGGUCUGAGCUAUCCCGCCGACGGUGUUGAAGCAGGAGCUGGAGAGACAAUGUAA